AUGGCUACAACCUAUGUCGAGCUGGCCCCGCAGCCUGUGCAACUGGACAAUCCUCAUCAAACAAACGGUCACAUUGAGGAAGCCAAAGAGCCUCUAGUCGCUGUCAACGAAGUUUCAGCCCACAGCAAUGCAGAUGACACAGGAUACAGUAUCAGAGAGAGUCCCAUGGGGACUCGAAGGCCUCUUAAGGUCAUUUUCAUGGGAAUGGGGGCCAGCGGCAUCAACUUUGCUCACCAAACCCAAAAAAGGCUGGAGGACGUGGAGCUGGUCAUAUACGAAAAGAACGACGACAUCGGGGGCACAUGGCUCGAGAACCGGUAUCCCGGAUGCGCCUGUGACAUUCCCAGUGUCUGCUAUCAGUAUUCGUGGCAGCGAAAACCUGACUGGUCGAAAUACUAUUCUGGAUCGAAGGAAAUAUAUGAAUACUUCAAGUCGGUUACAGACAGCAAUCAUCUGUGGAAGUACGUCAAAUUCCAGCACAAAAUCAUCCAGGCGGAAUGGCUCGAUACUCCCGGGAAAUGGAAAGUCACCAUCAUGAGGAAUAACGAUCCUCUUGAUGUUUUCGAUGACUACGCCGAUUUCUUCCUUCACGGAGGCGGGGUACUGAAUUCGUGGCGCUGGCCUGUUAUCAAAGGCCUAGACACAUUCAAAGGCCCUAAAGUCCACACAGCUCAAUGGGACGAGUCCCUUAAUGUGAAAGGAAAACGAGUGCUUAUCAUUGGCGCAGGCAGUUCGGGGGUUCAAGUCGUGCCCUCCAUCAUUGAUGCUGUCGACAAGCUCUAUGUCGUCGCUCGCUCUCCUAUUUGGAUAACUGCUGGGUUUGCCCCAAAAUAUGCUGGCCCGCGCGGUGGGAAUUUCUCAUAUUCCGAGGAAACCAAGGAGUUAUUCCGAUCGGAUCAAGAACUAUAUCUCAGUUACUGCAAGGCUAUCGAGUCUGAACUCAACGUUCGGUUCAAGCUGUUACUGACAGGUACUCCUGCAGCUGAUGAAGCCUUGAAAUUCUCGAUUCAGGAAAUGGAGAACAAAUUGGGUGGUAAACCGGAACUUCGGGAGAAACUCAUCCCUAAGACGUUUGGUGUAGGAUGUCGUCGGCCUACACCAGGGAACGGCUUUCUCGAGGCGCUAACCCUCGAGAAGACCACAGUACUCACUUCAGAGCUACAAGAGCUCACCCCCGACGGGUUCAUCGAUGCCUCAGGUAAUAAGUAUGGAGUUGACAUUGUUAUCUGCGCUACAGGCUUCGAUACUUCAUUCCGGCCACAAUUUCCAAUUUUAGCCAACGGACGCAAUCUUCAGGACGAAUACUCAAAGGACAUUGUCGGUUAUCUCGGUUUUUCCAGCCCAGGAGUGCCGAACUAUUUUAUCUUCAUUGGACCCUACGGUCCUCUCGGCCACGGUUCUGCGAUCCCAAUGAUUGAGGCCUACACAGAUUAUAUUAUAAAGGUCUUGAAAAAGGUUCAGUUGGAAGAUAUCAAGAGGAUACAGGUCAAGCGUUCAGUCGCUGAAGACUUUACUCGUCACUCGGAUCUAUAUCUCAAGCGAACAGCAUGGUCGGGUCCAUGCAGCUCUUGGUUUAAGAACGGUGAUGUGGGUAGGAAACCGGUUUGCUGGCCUGGCAGUCGGAUUCACUAUCUCCAAAUUCUACAAGAGCCGAGAUACGAGGAUUUUGAGAUCGAAUAUCUCAGCGGCAACACGUUUAAUUUUCUCGGCAAUGGGUUUGAUAUUCGAGAAUUCGACGGAAGAGAUCUGACUUGGUAUUACGGGUUGGUGAACGGCAAGGACAAACAACCCGCAUUCUUUCCACCGCCUUUGUAUUGA